CAAACCCAAUGUCAAUUCCAUUCUACAUUUGGCAGAGGAUUGGUUUUGUUGGCUAUAAUUAAUUUAUAAAUUUUUAACUUAAAAUGUCGUUGCUAAAUGCUUUAUCAAGAUUAAGCUUGCAGACGACGACAGGUAUAAAACAACCCUUGGCAUUGGCAUGGCUGCAUACAUCACCGGUGUUGUGUGCUGAACCACUUAAGAAAAAGAAAAAACUCGAUCCACAAAUUAUCAAACAGCGUGAGGACAGACGUAAGAAGAAGCUGGAAAAGCAAAUUCGGCGUCUAGAAAAGAACUCCAGGCAAUUGAAGCCCGUUGAAGAAUUGGAGGUGCCAUUGACUUUGAUAGAUGAGCAACAACAACGUUCGCGUAAACUAUCUGCUCUAAGCGAAGCUGAACUUGAGAGAAGAGUUCAGUUGAACAAACAAUGGUCAAGAUAUAAACAUGAACAAAAAAUUAACGAUUUUCAAAUAAUCGAUCGCUUAAUGCGAUGCCAAAGUAAAGCUUUGGAUGAAUUGCGCUUAGAAUCGGAGGAGCUAUACCAGGAGGCCAUACAGCCGGAUAUGACCGUUUUACCAGUUAAGAUGAAAGGUCCCGUGGCAACACCGCCCAUUAAAGAUUAUGUUUCACCCGAUGGUGAGUACAUAUUAGAAGCCAAGAAAUGGGAUAUAGUGUAACUGGCAAUGGAUAAAUCGUCUGCGAUUUGUUAUAUAUAGUUUAUUAUUGUAUGUUCCCCUCAAGAAAUAAACAGCUCUAACGUUUUA